UAUAGAGUACACACUAUCUAUCAACUCUCAGUUGUUACUCUACUCCGCUCUUAACCGUGUCAUGUUUUAGUUCGGAUUUUUUACAUGUUUUCAACUGUUUUUUUUUCAAGUUAUCAGUAUUUUUGUGAGUUUUGAGUUGUGUAGAGAAUACAUUUUGGGAGAUUUGUUUGUGUUUUGUGUAGGGACUUUUGGAAGGCUUCACUGAUCCUUCCUUGACCUACUAAGCUCUGUUGAGCCCUACUUACUGGAAGAAGUACUCGCUUGACUGGUUGUAUCAAGUCACGCGUUGCUUGAUAACAAACCAAGUUUGUUUCUACGGAUGUUUACAGGAGCUUCACUCUAUGCAGUCUGAUGGUUUAUGACUGAAGUAAUUUAAUCAGACAAGUGUCUGAAAGCUGUCUGGAUGUGGGAUAAGUUUGUGCUUGAACUCACUGCUUAGUGCUUACAACUUAGAUGGAUUCAAAGGCAAGUAAUGUUGUUGCCGGUGUGAGUCAAGGUCUGCUUGAUAACAGACAGCAUGCAAGAGGAUACAAUACAUUAGCCGAAGAAGGUACCUCACAAGGGACCAUUGAUGUGGAAAACUCUAAAAGACUGAAAUAUCCAAAGUCUGUAUUCUUCAUAAUCAGCAAUGAAUUCUGUGAAAGGUUCUCAUACUAUGGCAUGCGAACAAUUCUUGCCUUAUAUCUACAAAACCAGCUGAAAUACUCAGAAACUGACUCGACGCUAAUCUACCAUUCCUUUGUGAUGCUCUGCUAUUUCUUUCCUCUAUUUGGUGCUAUACUGGCUGAUUCCUUCCUAGGAAAAUUCAAGACGAUAUUUUACCUAUCAGUUGUGUAUGCUAUUGGCAGCAUAACAUUGUCAUAUUCCAGUACUGGUCUGGUACCAUUUCCUGAAAGAUACGCAGCCCUUCUAGGUCUACUCCUAGUGGCCCUAGGUACAGGAGGCAUCAAGCCGUGCGUCUCCUCGUUUGGAGGCGACCAAUUCACUCUGCCCCAACAACAGAGACAGCUGGAGCAGUUCUUCUCCGUCUUCUACUUCUCCAUCAACGCCGGCAGUGUGUUGUCCACCUUCCUCACACCUGAACUCAGACAGGGAGUCACCUGCUUGGGUCAGGACACCUGUUAUCCGCUCGCUUUUGGAGUUCCUGCUGUCCUCAUGGUUGUGUCUUUGAUUAUAUUUGUGGCUGGAAAAUGGAUGUACAAGAUGAAGAAGCCAGGAACCAAUGUGAUACUGGAUGUUACCAAAUGCUCACUCUUUGCUCUGAAGCAGAAGAUAUGUUCAAGUGAGAAGAAAGAUCACUGGUUGGACCAUGCCAAGGGCAGAUUCAGCAAUCGACUCGUUGAAGACUGCAAAGUUGUCAUGUCCAUUAUUUUACUAUUCUCGCCAACCAUCUUGUUCUGGUCGCUGUUUGAACAACAGGGUACAACCUGGACUUUCCAAGCCACCCGCAUGAACGGGGAGUUGGGUGCAUUCACGAUUAAGCCGGAUCAGAUGCAAGUCAUCAACCCUGUGCUAAUCAUGCUGUUCAUCCCCAUCUUCGAGAUUGUCAUCUACCCGCUGUUGGCCAAACUGCGAAUUGUGCGAACUUCGCUGCAGAAGUUGGUGGUGGGAGGGUUGCUAGUGGCGCUCUCCUUCGUCAUUGCGGGAUUAGUCGAAACUAAAAUACAGCCAUCGUACGCCAUCUUACCGCAGAAAGGAGAAGCUCAGCUAAGGCUCAUAAACGGUUAUGAUUGCGAUGUCGGCAUGAAAUUCGUAAACAAGAACCCAAUUGACGAUCAAAUAGUUGACAAAUUUGACAUCCUGCAAUUACACUCAAUCAAGAAUAUCACAGGAUUUGAAUCGUAUAAUGUGAGUCUGAGUGCUAAAGGAUGUCCUGGAUUUACUGGUGAAGUGAAGGACAUCAUUGGUCUCACUGAGAUGCAGAGCACAACUUACUAUCUAAGAGAAGCCAAUGGAAAGCCGUCUUUGAUAAAAGUUGGAAACAACUUCGAUGUCAUAAAAAAGUCUGAGCUGGGAGCGCCACAACUGAGGGUGGUUUAUAAUGCAGAUUUGAGUGGAGAUUUGGAGUUCGUGAAGGAAUCCAAAACAGUUUUCAAAUUUGUGUUGAAGGCCGGUGAUAGUUAUGUGGAUACCAAAAACAUUAAUAAUGGAAGGUUCACUAUAAAAUUGAAUGGAAAAGAGUUACCUAAUGUAAUUGAUAUUGAAUUUGCUGGCGUUUAUACAUUGAUGAUUGAGAAAACAAGUAACUCAACUGUGAUUACAAGACUGUAUACAAUCACUUCGCCGAACACAGUUCAUAUUCUCUGGCAGUUGCCUCAAAUCCUGGUUCUCACCGCUGCUGAAAUCAUGUUCUCAAUUACUGGACUUGAAUUUUCCUACUCACAGGCUCCCAAAAGUAUGAAAUCAGUGAUGUCUUCACUUUGGCUUCUCACGGACGCUCUUGGAAAUGCGUUGGUUGUCGUUUUUGAAGAAUUUCUGAGACUUGAUAGUCAGGUGAAACAGUUUUUCCUAUUUGCGGGCCUAAUGGUUUUCGUUAUGCUAGUUUUUGCUUUGCUAGCCAUGCGCUACGAAUAUGUGACACCAAAAGAAGAUGAUGAAGAGGAAGAGAGAGACGAACAAGGUGGAAUGAGAGAGGAAAGAAGAAGAGAAAGCAACGGAGAGAAACCGAUGGAAAGAGUAAAAUCACAAACAAAUCCCGUCUUUGAUUCAACUGAAUAGUUUAGUUUUGAAACGAUCUUGCUGUGAUAAUUUAUUGUUAAACAAUUAUUUUUGUCCCUUAUUUUAAUAUUUAUCUCCAUAAAAAAUCAAUUUUUUGUUGUUAUUGUGAAAUGAAAUGAAUAUUUGAAUAAAUUUUGAGAAAUGCUCAUUUCAUAAAUUUUAAUAAAAAAUCAUUUCGAUAUUUAUUGUAUAUUUUCAUUUCAAAUUAUUUGUUUAUUCAAUGUUCGUUCAUUUGAAGUAUUUUAGUGUCUAAAGAAUAAUACCUCCAAUUUUCAAAUUUCAAUUUUAAAUUGACAAUUUCAUAAAUUUUUAUAACAAAUCAUCUCGACAUUUAUUGUAUAUUUCCAUUUCAAAUUAUUCGUUUAUUCUAUGUUCGUUCAUUUAAUGUUGUAUUUUAGUGUCUAAAGACUAUUACCUUAGAUUUUCAUGUUCAGUUUUCUAGAAAUAACAAUCUAUACACCUUACUCAAAUAUUCAAAUAAUGACAUAUUUAAUAUUAACUCCUUUAUUCAUUAGAUAAAAAUUACAAUAUCGGAAUGAAAAUACAAAAGGCGCUAUUCCAAAACUUCUUCAGUUCCUAAAUUUGGUGCAAUAAAAUGUUUAAUGUGGUAAUAUGCAAUGUAAUAGCAAAUAAUGAGAUAGAAUAUUUUAUAUUUUAUUUUGAUUAAAUCGUUCACCAUUAUAUGUAUUCCAUUAACUAACUGAUGAUGUAUUUUUGAUGGAAUCUAGCUCGAUUUGAAAAUCUUUCUUCAAUUGUUCUAGUUCAAAAUAUUGUUCAUCAGUACAUUUCCAUGUCUUCCAGUGUAAAUUGAUUUAUUGAGCAUUGUUAUUUCUAUAAAUUUUCGGUACCAUAGCCUACAAAUUUUAAAUUCCUUCUGAUUGAUUUUAGAUGUUACAUUUGAAGCUUUAAUAUUUUUUUGGAUUUUGAAUAACUUGUUUGUAUACCGCUAUCUGUAUUGCUUUAAACCAAUUGUGUUUGUCAAACACUAAACAUAAAAUUUUCAACUCAAUUCCAAAAAAUUACAAACUUUUUGCCUUAUAAAUAUUUUAUCAAAAUUGAUUCUGUUUGAAAGAUUGAUGCUGUUAAUGCCACUGUAUACACUUAUGAUUUUAAAUUGAAACUUUCAAAUCAGAGCGAUUUCUUCUAUGUCAUAUCAUAAACAAUUUCGUCAUACUCGUGAACCAAUCAAUCUAUUAAUAGUUUCAAGGCUUUAAGAUGUUUUUUGUACAGUAUUCAAAUAUUUGUAUGUGUCUAUUCAUUAAUAUAUCUAC